GCUGAUCCCACGUGUGACGAGCUCCUUCCCGGCUCAAUAAUAUUCUCGUAGCGGCUCCGGGCUCAGCUGCUGCCUGUCUCCCCCACUCAGAGUGCCCAGUGCCCGCCUGCCUGCAUGUGUGUGCCGGGCCGCCCUCUCCCCUCACACACCGCACUGCCUGCCCGGCUCGGCUGUCACCUCUCCCCCUCACCUCCUCUCAAUUCUAACACAACAUUCUACAUUCUAAAUAACUGUUUGAAAGGGAUACUAUGGAGGCAGAUGGGAGCCAGGCCACCUCUGGGAGUCCGGCCGAUUCUCAGCAUGACCCCGGUAAAAUGUUUAUCGGCGGCCUGAGCUGGCAGACCUCCCCAGAUAGCCUCAGAGACUAUUUUAGCAAAUUUGGAGAAAUCAGAGAAUGUAUGGUGAUGAGGGACCCCACCACUAAACGAUCCAGAGGCUUCGGUUUCGUUACGUUUGCAGAUCCUGCAAGUGUAGAUAAAGUAUUAGCUCAACCCCACCAUGAAUUAGAUUCCAAGACGAUUGACCCUAAAGUUGCAUUUCCCAGGAGAGCACAGCCCAAGAUGGUCACGAGAACAAAGAAAAUAUUUGUAGGUGGAUUAUCAGCGAAUACUGUAGUAGAAGAUGUAAAGCAAUACUUUGAACAGUUUGGCAAGGUCGAGGAUGCCAUGCUAAUGUUCGACAAAACAACAAACAGACAUAGAGGUUUUGGCUUUGUAACUUUUGAAAAUGAAGAUGUUGUGGAAAAAGUCUGUGAAAUCCAUUUCCAUGAAAUAAACAACAAAAUGGUUGAAUGUAAGAAGGCACAACCUAAAGAAGUCAUGUUUCCUCCCGGAACAAGAGGACGAGCGAGGGGCCUGCCAUACACCAUGGAUGCAUUCAUGCUGGGAAUGGGAAUGCUUGGUUACCCAAAUUUUGUUGCAACGUAUGGUCGGGGAUAUCCUGGUUUUGCCCCCAGCUACAGCUAUCAGUUUCCAGCAAUUUUACCCUAUUUGAAUGCAAGUUUUCCUGCAGCAGCAGCCUAUGGACCAGUAGCAGCAGCGGCUGUGGCGGCAGCUAGAGGAUCAGGAAUCCCAGAUUAUGGUUUCUAUACCUCGCCCGGCGAUCAACGGGCUACGUUGUCGUUCGCGGAUUAUGGUUCCAUGGGGCCUCGAGCGGCACAGAUGCUUCGUAGUGAGCAUGCUGCCUCAGCAAGUAACUCCCCCCUCCAUCACCUUCCCAGCCCGGAUCAGUUUAAGAGCCCAGUUUUGAAUAGCUACAGUGCUCAACCGAAUUAUGGCGCACCAGCUUCCCCAGCAGGCACCAACCCAGGUCGGCCAGGUGGGUUUCCAGGGGCCAACAGCCCGGGCCCAGUUGCUGAUCUCUAUGGAACGGCUAGCCAAGACACUGCUGUGGGUAACUACAUUAGCGCAGCUAGCCCUCAACCGGGAUCUGGAUUUAGCCAUGCAAUGGCUGGGCCUUUGAUUGCAACGGCUUUUACAAAUGGAUACCAUUGAAACGUUUGAUGGGGUUGGUUGCCAUCUCAAUUUGAGAAUUUGUCUGGAUGCCCAGGGAAGACCGGGCGAAGUUUCUAAAUGAUCCCACGUUGGGAUGAUGUCAUCUGCCUAGAGUACUACAUCAUCACUAGUACAAGAUAACCACACAGACACACAACUGGAGAUGGCAUUCUGCAGACUGCAACGGAUUCAAUCUCGUCAUCUCAUGAACCUCCUGUGUUCUAGGAACUACCGCUUUUUCUUUCCAAGAAAAAAAAAAAUGCAGACAUCAUAUAUUGCUUUUAUUGUUGCUUGUGUUUUUAUUGUAUUGUCUUUACAUUUUAUUAGGAGUUGUGUAUCACUUCUUUUAUUUCUUUUUAAUCUUUUUGUGUUUAGUUAAAGCUAACCAGAGUAGAUAAUCCUAUAGUUGAUUUCUUUUUACUUGCCCUUCUUCAUGAUUUUUUUUCACUUCAAGCAGAGAUUGAGAUUUUAACUUGCAUAUAAAGCUUUGUUACCAAUCCGAACAUACACACAGAAAACAAUAACCCAAACUGUGUGCUUCAACGAAAGAAACGCUGCGUUGGGUUUUAGCAAGCAUUGAAUUAAGGUAGGGUAACAUGUUACUGAAGUCAACUUUCAGCGUCAUGAUGUACAUAAUGUAUAAGAACAGCUGACUAAAGUGAAUAUUUAGAUUUUUCUUUUUUUUGUGAUGUCUAUCUUUAUUAAACUAAUUCUAUCUAUUUUCGGCAAUAACUUAAGGACAUAAAAUUUUUGAGUCCUCGGUUUUUCUAUAAGUGCUUUUUUUUUCCUUGUUGAAAAAGGUGAUAUUCUAAGGUUUUUUCUGAAAUUCGUUCUUAAAACAAAUAUACUGUAAAUAUUCUUCCAUUAACUAUAUGUAAACUUGUAGGAAAGAGAAAUUUAAAAAAUAUUUUUGUGAGGGCAUAUUAUCUGCAGCAUCUCUGGCAAAAUAGGGAAUUAAAGGCAUCAUUCUAAACUUUAAACCCUGAGUGAGGUGCCAACGUGUGCCCUUUUUAGAUAGAUUAACACUGUAAAGCUUGUUGUGUAGGUGUUUUAGACCUGAUAACUGUACUAGCGUCAUACCAGCAUAUUACCUAUUUAAACUACGUGCACAGCUUAAAAAGUCUGGUUCUAGUUUUAUGUUGUUUUAAGGUUAAAGCGAAAGAACUUUACCCAGAUUAAAAAGUUAAGCUACAGAUUUGAUAUUUAAAAGUAUUUAACGUUCGAAGCGCACCAUUUAUUUUUGAAUGUUCUCGAUAAUUUAAAUUCGCUCAAUAUAUUGUCCAGUCAUUUCAGCUGCUCUGUUUACCCAUAGUACUCUUCUAGAGCUAAAUUCGUAGGUUGAUGUCUUCAGUGACCGACAUAUGCACGAUAGGAAAGGCAUCUUCUGCCCUCUGUUACAUUAAAACAUUUGUUUUCUCUGUUUAAUAAAUUAGGAAUACAACUAAUUUGUUUUAAUACCUCAGUGCUCAAUAUAUCACAAUAGAAGAGAUGAAAAUUUUAAUUUAUUGUAGAAUUAAUAACAAUAAUAAUAAUAACAACAAAGGUAUAGAACAUCAUUGCACUGUGACUGGUAGGGAAAACUGACAAUUUCCUAUUUGCACAAGUUUAUUUUGGCUAUUUUAUAUAUGUUCCUCUACUGGGGAAAUGUAUGAAGGAUAUUUUUAUUUAAUUUUUUUAAUAUCAAUAAAUAGGCCUAAGACAGCAAAAUAGAAGUACAACUUGGUAUAUCUGGCAUUUAUAGCAUACUGUUGUGUUUAUAUAUAUAUUUAUAUAUAUAUUUAUAUACAUUCACACACAUGUAUGUAUUAGCAUAUGCCAAGGUUUUUUGGGGUUUUGUUUGUUUUUUGAGGGUUUCUUUUUUGUUUUUUUGUUUUUUAAUAAACUGUUACAUGUAUGAAAUUGGUACUUUUUCAUUUCGUACAGCCAGUACAAGACACUGAAUGCUACAUUUCUGAGACAAAAGCUGCUGCACUCCUGUUUUUAUAAAUGUUCCUAACAGGUAGCGAUAACAUAGAAGUUAAAUAGAAUUGAUAUGUCAAACAAGCAAUGGGGGGAGGGGAAUCAUGCUCCCUUAACCCCUUCAUGACUGGACAUGACUUACCAGGAUGGUCAUGAAAGUAAGGGAUCCCAGAACCCUUGUCGUGAAGGGGCUAAAGAAAAGGUUUUUUUUUCAUUUUUCAUUUUGCUUGUUAA